AUGCUCAACAUACUCGGUCGAGUGACGGGGAAGAGCCAGCCAGAGGAGUCUAAAGAGUCUAUCAGCGCAGAGCGUGGUCUUCCGGCCUCCUGGUACAGGUCACCUGCUCUUUACGAGCUCGAGCGUCGUGCCAUUUUUUCCAGUAGAUGGAUUCUCGUGACACACCGACUACGAUUUACGAAGCCCGGCGAUUAUGUUUCGUUCAAAGAGGCUGGUUUCAGCUUUUUUCUCGUCAAAGAUCGCGACAACAAGAUCAAUGGUUUCCACAACAUCUGUCGGCAUCGAGCAUACCCGGUGGUAAGCCAGGAGAGUGGCUGCACCGCGAUUCUCUCAUGCAAGUACCACGGGUGGUCAUAUGGCCUUAAAGGCAACUUGGCAAAAGCUCCCAAGUUUGAUACAGUUGCUGGCUUUGACAAGUCGCAGCAAGGGCUUCUCCCCGUACAUACUUACAUCGAUAUGCUCGGGUUUGUUUGGGUCAACUUGGACGCCUCUGAGAGACCAGCGGUCAGCUGGGACUCUGAGUUUGCUGGGAUCGAUACGCAGAAGCGCCUGCAAAUCUUCAAGAUUGAUGACAACUAUCAAUUUGAUCACCAAUGGGCCAUGGACGGUGACUUUAAUUGGAAGACCCUAGCCGACAACUACAACGAGUGCUAUCAUUGCCCAACGGGUCAUCCGGGUGUCGCCGCAAUAUCAGAUCUCUCAAAAUACUUUGUAGAGACGAACGGUGGGCACAUUCAGCACUACAAUUCAAAUAAGGACCCCAACGAAGAUACAUAUCAGAUCGCCAGCACUUUUUACUUCCCCAACGCAUCUACUACAGUGUCACCUCACUAUUUCUACAUAAUGCGCUGCGUUCCCGUCUCUGCUUCUAAGACCCGGAUGGAAUACGAAGUAUACCGCAGUAAAACAGCUACCGACGAGGAAUUCAACAAGAUACAUCUGCUUUACAAGCAGGUUUUGGAAGAGGACAAGGAGCUUUGCAAUGCCGCCCAGGCCAAUCUCAAUGGCGGCAUUUUCAUCAAUGGGCAGCUGCACCCAGAAAAGGAAAAGGGUCCUUUGUACUUCCAACAAGUCCACCGAAAGCUUGUCAUGGCGCAUCGAGAGAUUGAGAAGACAGAGAAUGACGGCGCGCAACUCUGGCCGGCUUCGCCAAAACCAAAAGGGAUAAUGAAAACAGCCAAAUUGUCUGAAGAAGAACAAUUUUGCGCAGAACUGGAAGCUGAUAGUGACUGCGCGGGUGGCAGCGCUAGUGAAGGCGGCCCUCUUGCUUGGUAG